GUUAAUAAUACCCUUUGGUACCGAAGCACUCUUUCUAAAGUUCCUCUCUCAGACCCCUUUUUGGUUAUUGAGAAAAUGUCAGGAAAGAAAUCUUUCGAGUCUUCAAGGAAAAAAGAAAAGAAAGGACAAACUUUUCAAUGUAUUCGAGUGGUAAAAGGCUUGCUUGCCAAAAAAAAGAAUUUACCCAAGUUACAGCUACAUUACUUUGCUGGGUUGGGUUUUUUUUUCCCUUGAAACCGAUGUCAAACAAACAUACUCGGAAUUUUGCCUUUUUAUUUUCUUCACAUUUUCUCGGGAACCGAAUGGGUGGAAAGAAUGAGAACCGACUCAUUCGGAUGGUGAAGUACAUCCAAGGAGAUUAUCUCCUGGUAGACUCUCAAGGCAAGCAAAUGCCAGAACAGCUCCAAAGCUUCUUGCCACCUGCAAUGCAAAUAGCGGCAUUUUGUCUGUUAUUGUACCCAUAUGGUGAUGGCUGGUUAUUGGGUUGGACCUGAUCCUGAUGAUGGUUGGGGCUUUGUUGAAGCUUUUGUCAAUCAAACCUUUUGAUUUUUGGUUUAUUUUGCUUACCUUACUAGAUGAAUGUCAAAUGUGGAAUGUUAGGUCAUGAUGCAUGCUACUCUACUCUGGUACACGAAGCACCGCACUGUUACACCAUUAAAGAAAAUUGUGGUCAAAGCUGUAGUAGAACUAACAUAGUUUUAGCUAUUUAAGUACCUUCAACUGUAACUCACCAGCUUGCAAUUAUCAGCAAGAGGUAUUAGGAGGUGCACUCACAAAUUGACCAAAG